AUGUCUGCACUGAGACUCCAGGAUAAAGUCGCCAUCGUCACCGGCGCCUCCUCCGGACUCGGGAGGGCAAUUUCGCUGCGAUAUGCCCGCGAAGGAGCCAAGGUAGUCUGUGCAGACUUAUCCCCCACAGCACGCUCCCAAGUAUCUGAGGAAACAGAAAUCACGACGCACGACCUGAUCACCAAAAACGGAGGCAAGGCAGUGUUUGUUCAGACCGAUGUUGGGGAGGCUGCCCAAUUCGAACAUCUUGUUCAAGUCGCCGUGGAUCACUUCGGCCGACUUGACAUCUUGGUCAACAAUGCUGGCUUAAGCGUGGAGUCUAGAACCCCAGCAGUGUUACACCUAACGGACGAGGAUACGUGGGACCUCACGAUGCGCGUCAAUGCCAAGUCGGUCUUUCUGGGCUGCAAAUAUGCCCUGGCUCAGAUGUUGAAGCAGUCACCACAUUCAUCUGGAGACCGUGGCUGGAUAAUCAACAUGUCUUCUAUCAUGGGAAUCGUGGGUGGUCCAGAGAACCCUUCCUACUGCGCAUCGAAAGGAGCUGUCAGCAACCUGACUAAACAGGUCGCGCUGGACUAUGCACCGCAUCGAAUCCAUGUCAACGCCAUUUGCCCUGGAUAUACACAAACAGCCAUUUUCAAAGAGACAACCACUUAUAUGACCCCUUGGGAAGUCCUUGAACGGAGACAUCCUUUUAAUGGCCCUGGCUGGCCGGACGAUAUCGCCAGAAUUGCUGUUGUUCUCGCCAGUGAUGACGCCAACUGGGUCACUGGAAUUCUUCUCCCAGUGGACGGCGGCUAUACUGCUCGGUAA